AAACGAUUGCCGAGCCCCGCAGAGGGAAGGGAGCGCGCCGAGCUAUCGAUCGGAGGCGGGGCGCCAUUUUCCCGGAAGUGGGGAAGGAAACAAAGCAGCCGGAGCCGGGCACCUUGCGUGUUGGAACUUUGGAUCUCAGCUGCGGACCUCGGAGGAAGAAUGUUUCAUGGAAUCCCAGCUGCCCCUGGGAUGGGAGCCCCAGCGAAUAAGCCGGAACUAUACGAGGCAAUAAAGUUAUACAAGAACGCCCGGGAGCGAGAGAAAUACGACAACAUGGCUGAGCUGUUUGCUGUGGUGAAGACGAUGCAGGCUCUGGAAAAAGCCUACAUCAAGGACUGUGUCACCCCCAACGAGUACACUGCAGCUUGCUCCCGCCUCCUAGUCCAGUACAAGGCAGCCUUCAAGCAGGUCCAAGGCCCGGAAAUCAACUCCAUCGAUGACUUUUGCCGUAAAUUUCGGCUCGAUUGCCCGCUGGCCAUGGAGAGGAUCAAGGAAGACCGGCCGAUUACCAUCAAGGACGACAAGGGCAACCUCAACCGCUGCAUUGCAGACAUCGUGUCGCUCUUUAUCACAGUGAUGGACAAGCUGCGCUUGGAGAUCCGGGCAAUGGAUGAGAUCCAGCCUGACCUCCGAGAAUUGAUGGAGACCAUGAACCGCAUGAGCCACUUGCCCCCGGACUUCGAGGGGCGGCAGAAAGUGAACCAGUGGCUGCAAACCCUGAGCGGCAUGUCGGCUUCGGACGAACUGGACGACUCUCAAGUGCGUCAGAUGCUCUUUGACUUGGAGUCUGCUUACAAUGCCUUCAAUCGCUUCCUGCACUCGUGAGGAGGACGGGCUUUGGGCCUCGUCGACAGAGGCCACAUCAUGCGGUUAUAGAGCCAUUGUGCCAGGAAUGAAAAUGUACAUUCCUCCCAUUGUCCCUCUGAAUGCGAGGACUCAAGUUUCCCCUCCUUUGGGG